AUGGAACGGCUCGCGGCGCAGAGCGAACGAUGUCUCCGCCUCCUGCGCGAGGACGCCGAGUGGCAGGACAAGACGCAGCAGCUGCUGGACCUGCAGGAAGUCCUCCUGGACGUGCAAGCGACGGGCGCGCUGACGCCGAUCGACCCGGUCCUCGCGCUUCUCAAGCCGCUCGCGCCUCACCUGACAGCCAUGCUGGGCGACAUUCGGUCGUCGGUCGUCAAGACGACGUGCUCGGUGCUCGCGGCGAUCGCGACCGCGUGCGGGCCCGACCUCGCGCCGUUCAUCGAUGAGAUCCUGCUUGGCGUCUUGAACACGGCGUACGUCAAGGUCCGCGUCAUGUCGAGCGCGGGCGAGACGUGUCUCGAGACCAUCUCGAAGCGGUCCCGCUACAGCCUGCUGCUGCUCCAAGCGCACUUUGCCCAAACGAAACACGCGGACGUGCGCCAUCUCUGCAUUGCGCAAUUCCCAUUCAUCAUGAGCUCGUGGCUCAAACCCGAGCUCGACGCGCAGUACGCAACCAUGAAGAACAUGCUGGCCAAGGCGCUCCAGGACAACGACGACAAGGUGCGGCGAAAAGCGCGGGAAGCCUUUUGCAUGUUUUCCGAAAUCUGGGACGAUCACAUGGACGAAUUUGUGCUGAUGCCGCAGCGCACGACGCGCGAGUCCAUCAUCAAGGAGUACCCGCUCUCGAGAUUGGCCCAGGAGCUGCGACGCAAGCACGGCGAACCCGUGCCAAAGCGCACGCCGCUCAAGCAGCGCAUGGCGACGACGCCCGAAGCCUCGAUCGCGUCGGAAGAGUCGUCGGAUAGCGUGCCACCGUCGCCCAACACAAGAGCGACGCGGCCACGACCCGAGUCCAAACCCAUCACUCGAUCGGUAUCCGUACCAACGACGCGACCGAGUGUGCGUCCCAACAUUGCUUUCUCGAGCUCCAUGUCAUCCCAGUCCUCGGACGACGUCGCGAUUGUCGACUUGGACGAAGAGCUCGCGCGCCGCGACGAGGCCGAGUCCCUCCAUGUCGCGUCGGAGCGGACGCCGCAGGAUGUGGCCGACGACAAGGCACGUGAGGGUGCCAAGACGACCCCACGGACGAUCUCGGUCCCCAAGCAGCUCAUGGACACCGUCGUGUGGGUGUGCACCGCCUUGAGCCUCCUCUUUGCGAUCUAUGGGCUCACGGGGGCGCUCUGGAGCGUGGCGCUUCUCGGUUCGCCGUCGAGUGCCAUUUCGCUCGAGCUCCAAGACGUUGAAGAUGCGGUGCUCACGACGCUCUUUGAAUUUCGGGCGCACGAAGCGCACAUGGACGCGUGGGUCCAUGAUGUCGCACAGACGAUGGACGCCUACCGGCGCGACGCCUCGGACCAAGUCGCGCGUCUCCACGACGCCAACGCCGUCUGGAACCGGUCGAUGCGCGACGACAUGGCUGCCUUUACCGCCGAGUUUGUGGCCAAAAUCAAGUUUGACCCGACGCCAUCCGAGAGCAGUAGCCUCCGUGCCCCGUAG